AUGGAGAAGGGCCAGCAGGCGGUAGCCGCUGCUGCGGUGGAGCGAGAGGUAGAUAUGCGACGUGCGGGUCGUCGCGUAUUCCUUAUCAAGGCGCCCGUCUAUCUUGCCAAGGCAUGGGCCGAGGCGGGGGCGGGGGCGGAUCUGGGCCGCCUCUUCCUGAACCCAGCAGCCCUCCCCGUCAUCGAGGGGCGUAGUGGGGCGAUUAAUGGCGGGCGGCUCGGAGGGGGCCGUGCGCGAGCACACCAUCUCCUUCGUGAAGCUGCCCGAGCCAUCCUACUGCUUCUCGGACAGCGAAAAGGGCUUCGCGGUGGAGGGUGCGGCACGCGUGCGGCUGGACGCGCAGCCGGUGUUCAGCAAGGAGUACAGAUCGUUCGUGAAGGUGCGCGAGGAGAAGGAGAACGUCAAGACGCGCGAGCUCAAGCGCAUCGACAACAACGAGACCGACAUCAAGCGCCCGCGACCCUCGCUACUCAAGCCGAAGAAGAAGGAGGACCUGGUGCAGGACAAGAUGACCCGGAUGCCGCGAUCGGAGCUCAUCGAGCUCAUCUUCUCCUGCUUCCGGCGACAGGAGCACUGGUCGCUCACGGCGCUGCGAGAGUACACGCAGCAGCCCGUGGUCUACCUCAAGGAGGUGCUCAACGAGGUCUGCACCUACAACAAGAAGUUCUCAGAGAAGACGCGAGCACAUUCGAGCUGCGGCCCGAGUUCCGAGAGGAGAAGAAGAAGCCCGCUGCCGACCCGCCGGCGUAG